CGAAGGCAAAGGCCGAUGAUGACGAACGUGAAAAAUCUUCUAAAAAUAAAUUAAACUUAUUAAGCGACAGAUUAUAGAAGCUUGGGCAAUACAAAUAGCCAAAAAAAAAUACAGUGUAUAUAGCCAAAUAAACAAGCCAUAAACAAACAUAUAUAUAUUUAUACAUUUGCAAAUACAAAAUUCGCAAACGCCCGUAUGUGUGUGGAAUUUUGCAGCAUUCAUUAGUAUUUGUUGUGCCGUGGGACGACAACGACGUCUCCACCGUUCGAAAAACUUUAAUUAAACAGUGAGGGCAGAAAAAUAAACGAUAACCUUGGACGUAUGUUGCCAAGGGGGUAAAAGAGGAAAGAGGCAAAAUAACAAUUGAGCGAGAGGCGAGCAUUAGAAGUGGAGCUGGAGCUGCAGCUGGAGCUGUUGAAAGCUAAGCAAACAUCUGGUGCGAUAAGGGCACCAGCAACAACAACUACAAUUUGUAUUGCAAAAAUACAUUUGGAUAGAAGCAGUCUGGGAUAGAACAAACUUAUUGGCCCAAGUGCUUGUGUGUGUAUUUGUAUAUUUCCUAAAAUAGGAAAAACGGCAAAACAGUCGCAAGAUGAUUCAUGUGGGCGAAAACACAUGGAACCUGCGGAUUCUCAUCACAGAUCUGCAGGUGGAGAAGACACUGCGUGUCCGUGGUGACCAGCACAUUGGCGGCGUCAUGCUGCAGCUGGUCGAUCCCGAAAUGCCCAAGGAUUGGUCCGAUCAUGCGCUCUGGUGGCCCGCCCGCAAUAUCUGGCUAACACGCACGCGCUCCACUCUGGACCAGGCUGGCGUACAAUCCGAUUCAUUUCUGUACUUUACGCCCAUGCACAAGACACUGCGUGUUCAGUUACCGGAUUUGCGUCAACUGGAUUAUCGUGUCAACUUCUCGAUCAAAACAUUUGGCGCUGUGGUCAAUCUGUGUAAGGAUCUGGAUAUACGCUAUCCGGAGGAGCUGUCACUGUGCAAACCCGUCGAGCAGGAGCAUUUAAAGAAGAACUUCUCCAAGCUGCCGCAAAAGAUGAUACCCGUGGCGGAGGCCAAUGGCACCGCAUAUCUGCAGCCAGCACCGGACACCAACUCCUUUGUGCCCAUCACGAAUGCCUACAAUGGCAGCAACGGCAGCCUGGACAGAUCCCAUGGCAAUGGCAAUCUACUCUGCGCUCCUGCCUCUCCAUACGGCACAACACCACGUCGGGCGGCGACUGCACCCGGCACGCCCAUCAGUUCGCCCACUGGCACCUGGAGGCACAACACCAGCAACAAUGGUUACACGGCCUACGAUUCGGGCUCCAGUUACGGUGACUUGCAGGAGAAUCUGGCCGUCUCACCACGCGCUCCCAGUCCCGAUGUCCGAGCUCGACUCGUGCGUCCCAAGACGCUUGUGCAGAAGGCACGCCUGAAUGUGGGUUGGCUGGACUCCUCGCUGUCCAUCAUGGAGCAGGGUGUGCGGGAAUACGAUACGCUCUGUUUGCGCUUCAAGUACUACACGUUCUUCGACCUGAAUCCCAAAUACGAUCAGGUGCGCAUCAAUCAGCUGUACGAGCAGGCCAAAUGGUCCAUACUCAACGAGGAGCUGGACUGCACCGAGGAGGAGACGCUUAUGUUUGCCGCCUUGCAGUUCCAAGUGAAUCAUCAAACGGAUUUGCAUCCGCCUGGCCUUGACUCGAGCAUCGAUGCAACUGUCCAAAAGAAUGGCGGUGACGAUGACAUUGAUUCGGCGCUGAACGAGCUGCAGAUUACGCUUGAGGGACCUGGUGGAGGUGGCGAUGCGGGCAACAUUACCCGCAUCCCUGAGCUAUCGGAUUAUUUGCGCUUCCUGAAGCCACAGCUGUUCACGCUCAAGGGCUACAAACGCUACUACUUCACAUAUCGUGACCUGCAUCUGCAUCUGUACAAAUCGCAGGACGACUCCCGUCGUGGUGCGCCCAGCAUCAGCAUCAAUCUGCGCGGCUGCGAGGUCACUCCCGAUGUGCAUUUAGCCCAGGGCAAGUUCGGCAUACGGCUGGAGGUGCCGCCGGAGGGCAGGAACGGACCGAACAGCGAGUUCUGGGUACGCUGCGAGAAUGAGGAGCAGUAUGCCAAAUGGAUGGCUGCCUGUCGCCUGGCGGCCAAGGGACGCUCCCUGGCAGACAGCAGCUAUGACAGCGAGGUGAGCAGCAUACGUUCCCUGCUCCAGAUGCAGAAGCCGGCACAAGCAGCGCCCUUGAACAUCAAUCCACGCAGCGUGGACGCCGUCGAUUAUCUGUCACCCAAGAUGCUGCGCAAGUUGUCCAGCAAGGCGGUGCAACGCAUCCUGGAGGCACAUGCCAAUGUGCGUCAACUCCAGCUGAUGGAUGCCAAGCUGAAGUACAUCCAAGCCUGGCAAUCUCUGCCAGACUUUGGUGUCACACUGUUUGUCAUCAAGUUCGAUGGCCACAAGAAGGAGGAGCUGCUGGGCGUGGCACAUAAUCGCAUCAUGCGAAUGGAUCUGAAUACGGGAGAUCACAUCAAGACAUGGCGUUACAAUACCAUGAAGGCCUGGAACGUUAACUGGGGCAUUAAGUGCAUGAUGAUUCAAUUCCACGAUGAGAAUGUCGUCUUCUCUUGCCUCUCCGCCGACUGCAAGGUGGUGCAUGAGUUUAUCGGCGGUUACAUCUUCAUGUCCAUGCGAUCCAAGGAAAAUAAUCAGACGCUCAACGAGGAAAUGUUCCACAAACUGACGGGCGGCUGGUCAUAAAUUGAUACUAAAUGUUAGCUGGACUCCUUGAGAGUCCAACAAGUGCCAAGCACAAAAACUGUCGCAUGUUUUAAAUCGUCUUUAAAUCAGAAUUAAUUGAUUUGUGUGUGUAAAUGUUAUUGGCAAUUGAAUGCCGCUUUUUUAGGCUUCUCUUGUCAGCGUUAAUAUCUAGACUAAUAAUGUAAUACUUGUAAUACCCCUCCAAAAAUUAAUGGGGACCCAUGUUGUGCCUUGCGAAACGAAACAAACCGAACCGAAACAAUAGUCUAACCAAGUCAAAACUCCAUGUCCAAUGUGCGUACUAAAACAUUAUAGAAGAAACGUGUUUUUCGUGCCUCGUUAUCAGUAUAAUUUGUAUGUAGUUGAAAUGGGUAGAAGAAUAACUCGUCGACAAGCUAAUCAGUCUUUUUGUACUACUUUUUUUUAUUGUCUGUUUAUGUCAAGAAACCAGAUUCAGAUUCAUAUUCAGAUACGAAACUGUUCGAGUGGCCUUGCAACUGCUUUGCAAACUAACCAGAAAAUUUUUAUAUAUUGUAUAUUUAUUAAACAAAUUAAUAAGCAAAUAAAUUAUUUUAUAUGUUUUUAA